AUGGCCCAAAAACGGAUCUACCUCUGCCACUACGCCCGUAACGGGGACGCAGCUAAAGAGGAAAAGGACCAUCCCCCGAGGCACUGGGAAAUAAACAUCCGGAUGUCCAAGGACGUCAAUGAUCCCUUCGGGAAGUCCAUCGGCCAUGUCUUCCACGUCGUGGGGAGCGUGGGUAAUCAGUGGGUCUUCAAACACUUGGAGAACAAGGACUACUCCCAGACCCGGGCUUGGGCGGGAUGUGUCUUCGUAGGCACGGUCGAGGAGUCGAAGAUCGGCGAAUUCGAGCGCGUGUUGGCAUCCGUACCGCUCCAACCCGGCCACCCCACCUGGAACUGCCAGAACUGGGCAUGGGAUGCACUCCUCUUGUUGCGCCAGCAGGGGUACAACAUCGUGCUCCCGCCCACGUUUAGGCGUAUGCACGAGUUGAUGGAGGAUGCGAAGAACAUCGGAUGGGAUAUUGGCACCGACUCGGACUAG